GCCUCACCUGUCAUCAUGACAAAAAAAAUAAUUAUAGCAUCAAAUUUAUAUUAAUAUUUGUCCAUUGCUCUUUAUGUAUAACUCAUUUCAAACAUUUUUUAUAGUCAAAAUCGCUGAAUUUGCCAAUUUCCUGUUCAAAUAAAGAAAUGAAACGAGAGGUGCGGCAGCAACGAGUAAAGCCUAACCUCUGAUUGCGCAAUCCAUAACAAACUGGGUUGAUACAUGGAAUUGGAGCGUGCUGGUUGCCGUACAUCUGCAUGUCGCCAUUAUAAUGUUUCCAGAUACGUUUAUUUGACCUGAUUUUCCACAGUCUGGCUAAUGUCUUUAACCCUUAAAGUUUAAUGUUUGUUAGCGAUAUAUUUAGUUUUGCUGAUGGGAAAUGAAACCACAGUGAAAAGGCACAGCUUGCGGCAGAUAGUACUCUGCCGCACUGAAAGGGGGCGUACGUGAAACUGGACUUUCCGUCAAGAGUGGACGCGAUUAACACCACACCGGAGCUAAAAGGUUUGCUUCAAACUGCGGGACAGAAGAUAACUCGCGCUUUUCAAACGGACUGGUACACCCGAAAAGACUGGCUAUGUGGCUGUCCUUCGAAAAAUCGCCUUUGCUGCUUUCCCUGCCUUUUCUUCUCAACUUGUGCCAAUGUCUGGACUAACACGAGAUAUUGUGACAUUAAAAAACUACCACGAAGCCUCAGCAAACACGAGAGCUCGACCAUUCACAUUCAAAGCCUGAUUGCUUUAAAAACUUUUGGAAGCUCAAGGAUCGAUUUGGCUUUGACGAACAGCGGAAGCUCAACGGUAGCAUCCAGAAUGCUAAGUUCCAGAAAGCUGAGUUCUGUCGGGGUGCCGUCAGCAGGACCCGGCGUCGCUCAUGUCCCAUCUGGAAGGGUCUGCGACCUCCGGGCGGAGCGGUGCGACGGAGGCCUCCCGGGCCCCUCGUAGACCGGUCAUCUGAAUCAACACCCUUUCAGCUGCACGGAGGCCCGGGAAAAGCAACAACGAGGACACUUCGGACGCGGUGGCAACGAGAGCGAUGGCGUCCCACGGGAAUCGACCCACGGGCUGCGGUCCGCUGGUGGCGUCCAUCUACUAUAAGUUGUGUGACCUAGACGCGGCGUGGGGCGUGGUUCUGGAGGCCUUAGCGUCAGCCGGUGCGGUGGUCAGCUUUGUCCUGUUCAUCGCGUUGCUCGCCAACGUUCCCUUCAUGCGUGACCGCGACCGGCGGAACGCGGUGGCGCUGCACGCCGUCUUCCUGGUGUGCACGGUUGGCCUCUUCGGCUUGACCUUCGCCUGCAUCGUGGAGAAAAACUUCUCCACCUGCGCCUCCCGCCGCUUCCUGUUCGGAGUUCUAUUCGCGGGCUGUUUUUCAUGUCUCCUGGUUCAGGGAGUCCGACUCAACGCCCUGGUCCGGGGCAGACCCGCGCUGCGGGCAGGAAGCUCCUGCCUCGCCGCUUUGGCUCUGUGGUCCGUGGAGGUGCUCAUCAAUGCCGAGUGGUUGAUCAUCACGGUGGUGCGCAAUCCGCAGGGGCCGGGCAAUUCUACUGCAUUGGCCACACCCUGCAACGUGGCGAACGCUGACUUCGUUAUGGCGCUCAUAUACGUGAUGGCGCUCCUCGUCGCCACCCUAGGCGCAGGCCUGGGCGUAUUGGCGGGAAAACACAAGCAGUGGAAGAAGGAUGCCGCCCUUAUCCUAGCGUGUGCCUUCCUUUCCAUCUGCAUAUGGGUGGCUUGGAUCGCCAUGUAUGUCCACGGGAACGUCUUCAGGGGUGUUCCUCAUUGGGACGACCCUACGCUAGGUGUCGCCCUGGUGGCAAACGCGUGGGUCUUCCUGACGCUCAUCACCAUCCCGCAAGUCUGCUUGUCAAGCGGGGAUGGAGACGACGGCCCUGACUUUGCGCAGGACGCGUACCCUAGUCGAGGUGUCGACUACGAGAACAUUCUCAAGGAGAACAGUCCCCACAACGUCUUUGCGGAUAACAUGGAGAACAAAGCCUUCUCCAUGGAGGAACCGGGACAAGGUGCUAAGGUGGUGUCCCCAUACAGCGGCUACACGGGGCAGCUGAGGAGUUGCGUGUACCAGCCCACCGAGCUGGCCCUCAUCUCCAAAACCCGAGGGGCCUCUAAUUCUCCGGAAGCUCCUUACGAUUCCACCAUUCCCAGAGCCUCGGCCCACUCUACCGUCGGCGCCUCAGUCGUGACGGACACAGUCAACGGCAACACGUUUCACAGGACGCCGCACUGGUGAAGCCGACGCCCCCAUUUUUCCUGAUGACCUUGGCCGACCUUUGACUUUUACUCCUCUGAGCUGUGAUGGAGGCAAGAAUGAAGAAUGACUUUUUGCAUGUUUUUUUUUUUUUCUUUCUUUCUAGACAUGUCCAUUGUGUAAUUUGUACUGGGAGUACUGGCAGUGAAAGAUUAUCUUUGAGUGCCAUUGACAGCCAUGGACGUCCAAUUCAUUUGAACAAGGAAGAGUAGCCAUUGAGUUGGUAAAUUAUAAUACAAUACACAACACGCUACAACUCUACACCACAAUUUACUAGCUAACACGCUACACUGCAAGUACACUAGCUGCACAAAUGUCCUUUGCAGUAGUUUGUCUUACUUUGAUUGCAAAGAUGUAAAUAUACUUUGAAUGCAUCUUGGGUGAAAUGCAAUGUAAAUAUGUUGACGCUAAAAGUCGAUAUUUCUGAUGUAUGUGUAUUUUUUUUGUUUGUGUGUCCCUGCAAAAUAAAACCAUGUUUGCUCACUUCC